AGAUAUCACGAGGGGAAUUCGGACAGCGGGGUCGCUCUGAUCGUUCACAUGACCCCGGAGCACAUUCUUAAUCACAGCGCCUACAGGCAGUGGAUGGAUCGGUUCGGCCCACAGACGGAGCACAUGAUCCUGAAUGAAAGCGUUUCCUCUGUCCAUAACCAAACUGCCCACAAGGUCCGGACCCAGCUAAACCUCAUCCACCCUCGUAUCUUCCCACAACUCCCUGAGCUCUCUAGGAAGGAGGUGGCAGUGAGUGACAUCCGUGGAGUUAAAGCAGAAUGUCUUCUGAAAUACCAGCUGAGACCGACAUUGGAAUGGCAGAGGGACAUGGUCACCAACAUCAGCACCCUGGAGUUUGUAAAGCAGGCAAUGGAGCUGCCGGAUUUCCCGGAUGCCUUGAGGGAAUGCAAGAUGCUGCUGGGGUCCGACCUCUUACAAACUGAAGAGUUGAAUUCGCAGUAUCCUGUGUUCGUGUUUCUAGGAACUGGUUCUGCUGUCCCAAUGAAAUCCCGCAAUGUCAGCUGUACUCUGGUGCAUGUCAGUCCCUCUAAAGUGUUAAUGCUGGAUUGUGGAGAAGGGUCAUUUACCCAGCUGUAUCAGCACUAUGGCAAAGAGACGGAUAACAUUUUGUGCCAGUUGUCUGCAGUGUUUGUGUCCCACAUUCACGCCGAUCAUCACUCGGGUCUCCCCCAUGUCCUGUAUGAAAGAGAGCGAGCGUUGCGCUCGUGUGGAAAGCCAUUCAGUCCUGUAUUCCUAGUAGCUCCCACGCUUGUAAUGACCUGGCUCAAUCUGUUUCAUGACCACUGCCAGGCGUUUCUCCAUAAUAUAAGUGUUAUCCCAGCACAUAACUUAAUAGAAGGCGCAAAGGGAGGCUGCCCCAAGAUCAGAAGCUUAAUCUCCUCCUUGCUUGAGAUGUACCAGUUUGAAAAGUUUCAGACCUGUUUCGUCCGCCACUGUAAAAUGGCUUUUGGUUGUGCAGUCAUCCAUCAGUCUGGCUGGAAGCUGGUUUUCUCAGGAGACACCAUGCCCUGUGAGGCUUUAAUUAAGAUGGGAAAAAAUGCCACGUUACUUAUUCAUGAAGCACACACUAGAAGAUGGUUUAGAGAAAGAUGCAAUCGAAAAAGCACACAGGUACCAGGGCUACUAUAUGCUUUCUAACACGUUAGGCACUGGGGGCUGGUAG